AACUUCGUCCCCUGCGAGUGAAACGCCUACAAUUUUUACCUACUGCUGGAGCUCCGAUCCUCUCCUCGCUCCCCCCCCGGCGGGCGAAUGGCCGACUACCUGCCGCUGCCGGACGCUGCGGAACCACCGGCUCUGGCUCGGAAGAGCUCGCGUGUCGCUUCCGUCGACGUCUUCCGCGGCCUCUGCGUUUUCCUCAUGAUGCUAGUUGACUAUGGUGGAUCAAUGUUCCCUGCCGUUGUUCACUCUCCAUGGGAUGGGCUCCGUUUGGCGGAUUUCGUGAUGCCAUUUUUCCUUUUCAUUGCCGGAGUGUCUCUGGCACUUGUCUAUAAGAAAGUAACUAACAGGGUAGAAGCGACGUGGGUGGCGGUGCUGAGGGCGGUGAAAUUAUUUCUUCUCGGAGUAUUUCUCCAAGGGGGUUAUUUACAUGGCAGAGCUUCCUUGGCAUAUGGUGUUGACAUUGAAAGAAUACGUUGGUUCGGGGUUUUGCAGAGGAUCUCCGUUGGAUAUAUUGUUGCAGCUCUGUGUGAGAUCUGGCUCACCUGUCGGACACGUAAAGAAGUUAGUCUUCUGAAGAGUUACUGGUGGCAAUGGUCUCUUGCCAUAUUUCUUUCAGCUGUGUACUUGGGUUUGCUGUAUGGUUUAUAUGUUCCAGAUUGGCAGUUUGAAGUAUUGUCAUUACCUCAUUCUUUGCUCCCAGCAAACGGUAGCAAUGUAUAUACGGUGAAAUGUUCCAUGAGAGGCGAUCUAGGACCUGCUUGCAAUUCCGCUGGAAUGAUUGAUCGGCAUGUUGUUGGAAUCAAUCAUCUCUACACAAAACCUUUUUACAGAAAUUUAGAGGUGUGCAACAUGUUGACUGGUGGCCAAGUUCCUCAAAAUUCACCACCAUGGUGUCAUGCUCCAUUUGACCCUGAAGGUAUCUUAAGCUCCCUGACAGCUGCUGUGACAUGCAUUAUUGGACUCCAGUAUGGUCAUAUUCUUGCUGACAUACAGGACCCAAGAAGAAGACUAAAAAACUGGUGUUUACUUUCAGUUCCUAUAUUUGUCCUUGGAGCAUUUUUCGCCUUUAUAGGAAUUCCAAUAAACAAAUCCCUAUAUUCAGUCAGCUAUAUGUUAAUUACUUCUUCGUCGGCUGGUUUCACAUUCUGUGUUCUGUAUCUGCUGGUUGAUAUUCAUGGUUUCAAGUGUUUGACUUCAAUCUUGGAGUGGACGGGAAAGCAUUCACUCUCCAUUUUCAUUAUCGUAGCUUCUAACAUAGCGGUGAUAGCGAUUCAGGGGUUUUACUGGGAGAAUCCGAAUAACAACCUUAUUCACUGGAUUCUUACUCGCUUUGUGCCGACGUGACAUUGUUCCUCUGCUCCCAUGCACGAUCAUGGAAGACCCAGCAUUUUGCCAUGCACUUUACCAUCGUGAAGUGCCCUUAACGAUCCUGUAAUAUGAUGUUCAUCGCUGCAAUCGUCUCAUCGCUGUCUCAAGUGAAUGCUACCAAAGACUGAAGAGACCAUAGUCGUUGGGUGUUCCUAUAAGAUCUAGACGUUCCUAUAAGAUCUAUAACAAUCAAUGGUGGUGAUUAAUCUCGUCUAAUCAAGAGUGCCUACACUAGAAAUUCUUGAGCAGGUAGGUUGUGUUUAUUGAGAUUACGGAAAUUCCUAGGGCAUAGGUUAGGCUUUGUCCGGAAGAGACACUGCUGAUGAGCGAGCAGGGAAGAGCUCAGGGCUGUUUAAUUAUUGAAGGCAACCCCACCCACGCCAUGAAAGGAGCAAAGGUUCAGCUUUGGGACAGGCAUCAUUUAUUCAGAAUCAAAAGCUAUGUUCUCCCUUGGAAGAAUGAGGCCAGAAAUCUUUCUCCAAAGAGACCCAUCAGUAUGUGAGACGCAUCCAUUAUUACUUCCCUAAACUCGCAAAGCAAUCGCUUCGGGUACGGUAAGGAAUCGAGAGGAGUAUCGGGGAGGAAAUAAUUUCCGCGAACGCGCUGCGCAAUGAAAGAGCUUGUGCUCUUUGUAGAUCUCGGUAUCUGAUAGGGACCAAAUAGCGUUGUCGAGUUCGGCGGUUUAAUUUUGUCUCACUUGAUGCAGGUCUCCCGUCUCUAUAGGGGCGACCGAAGAAAGAAAAAGGACUCGUCAUGAUUCGAACCAUCUCCCACUCUCAUGUCGGAAAGCCUAUGGUGCGUAGCUAGGUUAUUGGGUCAAGGAACACUUAUUCUCGAUUUAUUAGUCGGACUGAAUCGAACCAUUCAUAACCGUGGAAUGAGGCCCGAUAUUCCGAACUUGCUUCCGCAAUUAUCUGUCCCGGUAAAUUGUUGUCCGAGAAAAUGGACAUGCACCCUUUAUAGUGAAUGCGACUUCGAAAA